AUGCGCGCCUCGCCGCCGCCGCCGCCGCUGCUGCUGCUGCUGCUGCUACUGGCCGCCCGCGCGCCGCCCGCCGCGCCCGCCGCGCCGACGCCGCCGGGCCGGGAGCCGGCGGCCGACGCGCCCUGGUGCCCGUACAAGGUGCUGCCCGAGGGCGCGGGAGCGGGCGGCGGGCGGCUGUGCUUCCGCAGCCCCGCGCGCGGCUUCCGCUGCCAGGCGCCCGGCUGCGUGACGCGCGCGGCGGCCGGCGGCGCCCUGCGCGCCCACGUCCUGCGCAACCGCAGCGUGCUGCUGCAGUGGCCCGCGCCGGCCCGCGCGCGCGCCUUCGCGCUCAGCUGCUCGUGGCGCGGCGCCUACGCACGCUUCCCGUGCGAGCGCGUGCUGCUGGGCGCCGCCUGCCGCGACUUCCUGCUGCCGGCCGUGCACGACGGCGUGCGCUACCGCGUGUGCCUGCGGCCGCUGCGGCGGGGGCGCGGGCCGGGGGCCUCCGCGCCGCCCUCCGCCCCGGACCCCGCCCUCGACCCCGCCCCGGACCCCGCCGACCCCGACCCCGACCCCGACUGCGUCGAGUUCACCGCCCAGCCCGCCGCCAUGCAGGACAUCGUGGUGGCCAUGACGGCCGUCGGCGGCUCCAUCUGCGUCAUGCUCGUGGUCAUCUGCCUGCUAGUAGCCUACAUCACCGAGAACCUCAUGCGCCCGACCUUCCGCCGGCCCAGCCGGCGCAGGCAGGCCUGACGCCGCCCGCCCGCCACCGGAGACCCGCCCUCCGCCCGCCGGGCCCUCCGCCCGCCCGCCUCCUCGAGGAUGCCCGCCGAGGCCCCGACCCAGCCGACCCGGGGACCGACCCACCGACCGACCGGCGGCCUCACCGCGCGACCCCCUAACCGGCCCCCGCCGGGCUUCUGCCCUCCGGGCGACGGUCCCGCCCGCGUCCCACAAAGGCCUUUAUGGGGGCUGCUGGGCGCACGGCCGCCCACGCCAGGGCCAUCGGCCUCUGGGACGCCACCCGGAGCCUCCAUCCCGUGCCAGGUCGGCAAAGCCGGGCCGUCGCCGCAGCUUGGGCACUUGGUGCUCCGCAGGUCGGGGCCGGGCGCUUGGAGCCCGUCUUCCCCCACCCUACCCCAGUGGGCUUAGGUUAGCUUUGUGCCUUAGAACCUCCGGCCCGCUGCUGGAGCCAACCACUCUCCCUCUGCCGUCGAAGGGGGGCGGGGCGGGAGGGCCCUGAGGUUGGCUGGUUUGUGCAUGCUUCCGGCCAGGGUCCCCCUGGGGACAUCUCGUCUUUGAGCUUUGCAGGGUCCCGGGGCAGGGCUUCACAGGCCCUGUGGGGUCUUCGAGCCCAGAGCCACCACGUAGCUGAGUUCCGCAUCUGACUGAUGCUUGGGAGGGGGCUGAUGGGGCUGCAGGACCAGGCCCCCCUUCCUUUGUGUGUACUUCCAGGAUUAGGGAUUUCUGUGGAGAUGGGAGCAGGUGGUUGGGAGGGCAGCACUGGGGUCCUGGGGGCAGGAGAGCUGCCAGUGCUGGACAGCCGGGUCCCGCGCUGGCGUGCUCCCUGUCGUCUGCCGAGUCACAGUGUGAGUCACUGCACUACCCCCCCUCCCCCUUUCAUAUUUGGGAGUUAAGAGCCCAGGAUCUAGCCUGAAGUGCUGCCUGCCCACCCACCAUGGACCACAGUUUGGCUUUGCCCACCUCCUGGCAGACCUGAGCCCCUGGUGAUGUUGGGCUUCUGUAAAGGUCUGGCACUGCCUGACUGAGCUUCUAGCUCUGACCACUGGACUUGACUCUGGCCCCUCUGGGUCCCUGUGGCUAAACCUUAUCCUCAUCCCAGCAACCACUGUCCUCCUGGGCUCCAGUUGGGACCCAGCAGCCCUGACACCCUACCUCUCUGUCUUUGCUCUGCCCACCCAUGUGGCUCUGAUCAGCUGCAAACCUGGCGCCAAUAUCUAAAUGUCCCUCAUUCU